AUGGAGUUCAUGGAGCAAACUUCAAUUACCGAUGGUAAUCUCACAUGCAACAAUAUGUUCAUCCAUCUACAUGAUUUUGACAACAUUAAAAAUGGUUUCUGUGAUGAGCGUUUUCUUAUUGAUGUGAUUGGCGAAGUCUUAGACUUUCGUGGUCAAAAUAUUGUUAAAUUUGAAAGAAAAGAAGUGACCAAAGUGGAGUUUAAUCUAAGAGAUAUCAAAAACCAACGCAUCCAAUGUUGCAUUACCGGUAAAUCAGCUGAGAUCUUUUCCCAAAAAGUCAAACAAUCCAACAGUGGAGAUAUAUGUUUAAUCAGAUUUGCUAGAGUCUUUAACUACAAAGGAGAGUGGAAAGUAACCAAUGCAUUUGAUUCUACAUUGGUGUUGAUCAAUCCAGAUAUCAAAGAAGCUAAAGCACUUAGACAGAAGUUUCAGGGUGAUGCUACCACCGUUGAAAUGUGUGAACAUAUAAAUGAGAAGAUUGUGAUCCAUGAGAAGCGCCAGAAAUGGUCGCAAUAUCCAUUCAGAACAAUUCAAGAGAUGAAAUACUGUGAUAAGGGUGGAAAUUACAGAGUUAUUUGUUCUGUUUAUGCUGUUGAUACCAUUAAUGGAUGGUACAAGUUAGAAUUGCUUGUGCAGGAUCAGACCGGUGAGACAAAAUUCACUCUUUUAGACUCUGUUGCAACAUCUAUUGUGAAAAUUUCGGCAGCAAAAGUCGUGAAAGGCUUAUUGGAGAAGGUUGAAAUUCAAGCAAUGUUACCACCUGAGAUUGUGGAAAUCGUUGGUAAAUCUUAUGGAUUUGGCAUUUCAGUUGAUGAAAACAACGAUUCUUCUGGACUUGAAAAAAUCGAAGCCAUGAAAGUUUGGGGUCUCAAAGAUAUUUUGUGGAAAAGAACCAAGUCCCUGCACCAGAAUUCAACUACUUCAAGAAAGAAGCAAUGCACAAAUGUGUUUAAGAUUAACGAAAGUGGCUGA